CUCUUGCACAAUACUGAUACCUUAUUCCCUUUCCCUACUUCUCUCCCUACACCGAAUAUGCUCUCUGCUGCAGAUCUCCCUCGGCCUACCGCAACCUAUCACACAAACACAUACGAGCGCCUAUCUUGCGAUCACGGAUUCAACGGGCAGGGAAAAACUGUCUUUAUUACGGGCGGUGCAGGUGGCAUCGGUUACCACACCGCAGAAGCAUUUGCACAGGCCAAUGUGGCCCGCAUCGCCAUUAUCGCCCGAUCUGCCGACGCUCUAGACGAAGCGAAGAAGACACUAGAAGGAGCCUAUCCGCAAACCCAAGUCUUGACCUACUGCGCCUCAAUAACCGAUACGAGCAAAAUGACUGCCAUAUUUCAUGAACUGGGCCAAGUAGAUGUUGUUGUUCUUAAUGCUGCUGUAGCCCAUCGUCGAGCCACAGCGUCUGAAAUUGACGUCUCUGAAAUCCAAGACGCCUUUGACAUCAACACAGUCGCCGCUUUCCACAUCAUAUCGACCUAUCUCAAGACAUCAAUGGAUCUGGUCGAUGGAAAGACAGUGAUCAGCGUCUCUGCCUUUGCCGCCUACCUCGGAAGCCCGUACCGCAUUGGCUACGGCCCAAGCAAGGCUGCGGCGGCGCAAAUGAUUCAACAGUUUGCUGCCGAGCAGGCCAACAACGAUGUGCGGUUAUUCUCCUACCACCCGGGGUCCAUCUACACACCGGGUGUAGCGCAAAACAUACCAAAGCACAUGAUUGCCUGGGAUGAUGACAAGCUGCCCGCGCAUUUUGCCCGGUGGCUGGCUGGGCCGCAGAGCAGUUUUCUAAACGGUCGCUUUGUCUGGGCCAAUUGGGAUGUGGACGAACUUGUGGCACUCGAGGCGCGUGUGGAAAGGGAGCCAGCCUUCCUGACGAUCGGACUCAUCAUGUAGAUUACACAACGCUUGUUGUUUGUAGAGAUGUUUAUACUUGAAAAAUAAUAGAUAUAUUGAAGACUAGAAAAAGAAGCGUUCGUUAUAUAUUCCCUGCAAACCCUACGUAAAUGUCACUGAAGUAGUAAAC